UAAAAUUUUCAACGAUUUUAAAAAUUUGAUUUCUUCAUUUAAAAAAAACGCAAUAAAGUAAAAACUGUGAUAAUGUCAAAUAAAGAUGGAAUAUGUUUGUAUGACAAAAAUCAUACAAUACAAGUUUGUGAUAAAAAUCGAGAAGUAGAGGAACGUAAUCUGAAUAUAACUAUAAACAAUAUAAGUGAUAUUCUGCAAAUAAAAAUUCGAGAUCCACAAGACUAUUGUUUUAACUACACAGAAAAUAUAGACUUAGGAGAUUUUGAAAUAAUUAGGCUUAAUCAGAAUUUGGACAUAAAUUUCAAUGAAUUCAAAUACAAUUUGGUUGAAAUGUUGCAGCAGUUCCAGAAGAAGGAGAUGUUUUUGCGAUGUGAAAUAUCUAAUCAGAAAUGUACUCUGGUUUUCUACUGUAAAUCAAAGAUAAAAUCAGUAAUUUACUUGACGAUCGAUUUAAACUUGACUAACCAAAAAGAGAUUUUCUCCGAACUUUUAAGUAACAUGCAAUACAUCCAGGAAACGAAUGAGAAGCUGAAGAAACAGUUAUCAACUCUAAGAAAAUCAAUUUCUGAAAAAGAUCAAGAAAUAAACAAUCUAAUUAUCUUGAAAAAUGAUUUAGAAAAACGUUUCCAAAAUAAUUUAAAACAAUUAAGUGAACUGUUUAAUACCAAAAUCGAAGAAGUUCAAAUGCUGUUAAUCAGUAAAAUUGUGUCGAUGAAGAACAGGGUAGUAAAAUCUUUAAAAGAUGUAGAACUCUUGAAGAGGGAAGUUAACCAAAAGUCUGAGUCAAGCAAAAAUCUCAUUAAGUCGUUGGAAAGCUUGCAACUGGACGCUAACAGUAACAUGGCUCUAAUACACACCCUAAAAAAGGAAAAUAGCACGUUGCAUGCCACGAAAUUUAACCAAGACAGAUAUAUUUCCGAUCUACAGAAAAAUCUUCAGGAGAAAGAUACCGCCAUAGUCGAACUGCGCAAAAAAAAUAACGAACUGCAAGGCGACAUGGAAAAGGUGACCCUUUUACUGACCCAAAAAAAGGCUACCAUCGACGAGUUGUCGAAAGAUCUAGUUCAAGCCAAUCAGUUACUCGUCAAUUUCAAUAACCAUUGUGAUAAUAAGGCUAGACAGGUGGAGGAACUGCAAGAGGCCAUCGUGCAGCAAAAGACACGAACUGCCGAACUUUUAAAGGAAUUCGAGAGUUACAGGGCUUCGUUCAACAACGAAGAAAAAGAUAAAUUAAAACACGAGUUGCUUCUGACUUCCAACAAAGCAGACGAGUUGGAGAAGGCCCUUCGUAAAGCUAACAAGAGUAAGCGGAAACGUUUUAUUCGAUUAAAUUCUUACGCUACAUUUUUUCCAGUAAAUGCGCUGCUAACCGAGAAAGUGAACAACCCUAGUUUUAACCCACGUUAAAGUACCGGACUUGAUUUUGAAACGGGUUGUGAGAAUGUAUUUUAAGUUUGUCGUUUAGUUAAGAUAAAAAUAUUUUUAUACGUAUUGUAUUUUUCCAACAAUAAAAUUUU